AUGAAGGAAGCCGUCCACACUCGACACCACUUAGCCUCCGCUCACGCCGAUUACUGUCGCUCUCUUUGUGUCACCGGUUCAGCUCUUACUUCCUUCGCUGCCAGUAAGCCUCUUUCCGUCUCCAACGAAACCCCUGCAGUUCUUCUUGACCCAUCUCCUCCACCAACCAAUCCCACCCCUCUACGUGUCCCUCCUUCUCCCUCCCCUUCCCUCCACCCUCCUCCCCCCCCCCCUUAUCUUCUUCCCCUUCCCCUUCUGUGGCUCCCAAUCCCGACGGCAUAUCAAGCUAAUUCAACGUACUUAGACUCUCCUUCCCAAGUUUCUUCUAUUUGGAACUGGGAAAAUUUCUACCCUCCUUCCCCACCGUACUCCGAAUUCUUUGAACAAAAAGCAAAACGACGAAAGCAACAACUAAUCCAACAGCGUCCUCGAAAUCUACAUUCUAACUACCCUGAAGACACAGAAGAUACCAAAACGGAGAAAUCAGGAUACGAUUUCUUCCGUCCUGAAAAACCGAACCACCGUUACAAUAUCAAUACCGGUACUAAUGGCAAUAAUAAUUUCGAUCAGGAAACUGAAAGAGAAGAAGUGCAAUGCAGUGAAUGGGGAGACCAUGGCCAUGAUCGUUUCACCACCACAAGUUCAUCGGACAAAGAGGGGGGAGAUGAUGUGGCAUCCAGAUCCGAGAUUGGGACCCGCAACUCGGAGAGUUACAUCAUCUCCAUCGGACUCCUCCACCGGUGCAACCACUGCCACGGCAUCCAAUGUAAGGGGUUGCUGCUGGGAAUAAAAUGGAUAAUAAGCCGGAGGAUGCAGGUGCCAUGA